CCCCUCCUCCUCUCUCUCUCUCUCUCUCUCUCUCUCCAAACCUCCCCAACUUCCAAAAAAAGAAAAGAAAAAGAAAAUCUACUCGCGUCGAUAUAAAAUAAAGAGAAGCUACACGCCCUUCUCUUCAACAUCUCAUCUCAUAUCUCACAGCAGCAGCAGCUUCUUCAAUCAAAUGAAGGUCAGAUCGUCUGAUCUCUAGAAAACCAUGGAAAAGCAUCAGACGCCGGCUACCGUCAGACGAGGUCGUGAAACGCCUCCUCCAUGCGAGUUCUGCACCGACUCGGUCGCUGUUCUCUACUGCCGAGCCGACUCGGCAAAGCUCUGCCUCACGUGCGACCGUCACGUGCACUCCGCGAACGCCCUCUCCAGCAAGCACCUUCGCUCUCAGAUCUGCGACAACUGCGGCGAUGCAUCGGCCUCCGUCCGCUGCUCGACGGACCACCUCUUCCUGUGCCAGGAAUGCGAUUGGGACGCCCACGGCAGCUGCUCCGCCGGUGGGUCUCACGCCCGAUCUCCCGUCGAUGGCUUCUCCGGAUGCCCCUCCGCCCUCGAGCUUGCCUCGAUCUGGGGCGUUGAUCUCGGUGACAAGAAUUCCCUGCUCUCGCCUUCGCCGACGGACCGUCGUGAUUCGUCCUUCUCCAAUUGGGAGACCCUGGACUCGAUCCUGUCCGUCGAUGAUGCGUGGGUCUUCAAGGAUCCUUCGAUCGGGAUCCGGGAUCAGAUGGUGGUCUCGAGCGAGGUCCCAUCGGUAAAGCAACGGCAGGGAUCCGGUGGCGGGAAGUACAAGCAGUUGAUGUUUCAGCAGCUGGUGGAGUUGCUUAAGAAGGACCUGAUGCGGGGCGAGGAUGGCGGUGGUGAUGCAGUGUCAAACUGCGAUUUGAGUCCGGCGACGCCCGGCAGGAAUGUGGGGCCCGAUUUGGGGAAUGGCGGCGAUGGGGCGGCGGAUGCGGAGCAGGCGAUGCUGCAGCAGGCGUCGUAUUCUUCACUGCUGAUGUGGGAGUGUAAUUCCACCGCCGCUGCCAAUCAGGCCAGUCAGAUUUGGGAUUUUAAUUUAGGAAGAUCGAGGGAACAUGGUGAAAAUGCAUCGCUAGAUGUUGGGUAUGGUACAAAUGAGGCAGGUUUUAUUAUCAAGAGCUAUGAUGACUUUAUGAAAGAAACUUCCUUAGCAACUACGAAAGUCUUAGAAGACAUAUAUGACAUGAAUUGCUCUUCGGCACAUGAGGAUAUCUCUUCAACUGAUGUGCAACGCAUUUCAUCUCAAAAUCUGGGUAUGAUGUGCCCGAUCAGCAAAUGGCAGAAUAAUUUGAACCAACCAGCAAGCCAAGUGCCAUCAACAUCUGGAAGCAACAUUUUUCCAUUGAGGCCAUCAGCCACCACUUUCCCUGAACCAAGAGCCAAUAGCAGUAGCAAAGACUUCCUUUUCAGCAAACACCCUUCUCCAUUCAGUGGUGAAGCUGCAAAACCAGCAACGAGUCAGGCUGACAUGGAACUGUUGGCACAGAACAGAGGCAAUGCCAUGUUACGUUACAAGGAGAAACGGAAAAACCGCAGAUAUGAUAAGCACAUCCGCUACGAGUCUAGGAAGGCUAGGGCUGACACAAGGAAGCGAGUAAAGGGUCGUUUCGUGAAGUCAAACCAAACUGCUGAUGUCGAAUUCUACUAUUGUCACUGAGUUAUCAUGGCAGAAGAUUCGAUCUGAGUCUAGAAUGCCCUAGGAAUGCCAAGGAUCUGGACGAUGGGAGGUGGACCCCAGUUAUGCCAGUUUUUAGGUGGUGAGAUAUGAUUGGGUGGGGCCCAUUUGCAGUCCUCGAUGGUGGUUCUUUAGCUGUGGGGUGUGGCUUAAUUCUGUGGUUUGGGGUGCGUUUGGUUGCACCAAGUAUCAGGAGAUUUCAUGAUAUUGCAACGU